CAGGGAUGGAUCUCUGGCAGCUGCUGCUCACCUUAGCAGUGGCCGGCUCCAGUGAUGCUUUCUCUGGGAGUGAAAGCACGCCGACUCUCCUUAGCCAAGCGUCCCAGAGUCUGCAAAGAGUUAAUCCAGGUCUACGGACAAAUUCUUCUGGGAAGCCAAAAUUCACCAAGUGCCGUUCACCUGAACUGGAGACGUUUUCAUGCCACUGGACAGAUGGGGUUCAUCAUGGCUUAGCGAGCCCGGGAGCCAUACGACUGUUCUAUAUUCGAAGGAGCACUCAAGAAUGGACUCAAGAAUGGAAAGAAUGCCCGGACUAUGUAUCUGCUGGAGAAAACAGCUGUUACUUUAAUUCUUCGUAUACCUCCAUUUGGAUACCAUAUUGUAUCAGGCUAACGAACAAUGGUGGUACCGUGGAUCAAAAGUGCUUCUCUGUUGAGGAAAUAGUGCAACCUGAUCCGCCCGUUGCCCUCAACUGGACUUUACUGAACAUCAGUUUAACGGGGAUCCACGCAGAUAUCCAAGUGAGGUGGGAGCCACCGCCCAACGCCGACGUCCAGAAGGGAUGGAUAGUCCUGGAAUAUGAACUGCAGUACAAAGAAGUAAAUGACAGUCAGUGGAAAAUGAUGGACCCUGUGUUGUCGACCUCGCUUCCAGUGUACUCGCUGAGACUGGAUAAAGAGUAUGAAAUACGUGUGAGAUCCAGACAACGAAAUUCUGAAAAAUAUGGCGAGUUCAGUGAGAUGCUUUAUGUCGCACUUCCUCAGAUGAGCCCAUUUGCAUGUGAAGAAGAUAUCCAAUUUCCAUGGUUCUUAAUUAUUAUCUUUGGGAUAUUUGGACUAACAGUCAUAAUAUUUGUAUUCAUAUUUUCUAAACAGCAAAGGAUUAAGAUGCUGAUUCUGCCUCCUGUUCCAGUUCCAAAGAUUAAAGGAAUUGAUCCAGAUCUCCUCAAGGAAGGAAAAUUAGAAGAGGUGAACACAAUCUUAGCCAUCCAUGAUACCUAUAAGCCCGAACUCUACAAUGAUGACUCCUGGGUCGAAUUCAUUGAGCUAGAUAUUGAUGACCCCGAUGAAAAGACAGAAGGCUCAGACACAGACAGACUUCUAAGCAAUGACCACCGGAAAUCACUUCAUAUCCUUGGGGCAAAGGAUGAUGACUCUGGGCGUACCAGCUGCUAUGAACCUGACAUUCUGGAGACUGAUUUCAAUGUGAGUGACCUGUGUGAUGGUACCUCAGAGGUGGCUCAGCCACAAAGGUUAAAAGGAGAUGCGGAUCUUUUGUGCCUUGACCAGAAGAAUCAAAAUAACUCACCUUCUAUUGACGCUUCCCUCUCUACUCAGCAGCAUAGUGUUAGCCCAACACAGGAAAACAAAUCAAGACCAAUUCUCAUUGGUGGAACUGAAUCAACUCCUCAAGCUUCGCAUAGUCAGCUCAGCAAUCUGAGUUCACUGGCAAACAUCGACUUCUACGCCCAGGUAAGUGACAUUACACCAGCAGGGAGUGUGGUCCUUUCUCCAGGCCAGAAGAAUAAGGCAGGGACAGCCCGGUGUGAUGCGCACCCAGAAGCAGUCUCACGCUGCCAAGCAAACUUCAUCAUGGACAAUGCCUACUUCUGUGAGGCAGAUGCCAAAAAGUGCAUCACCAUGGCCCCUCACAUGCAGAUGGAAACACGUGGAGAGCCAAGCUUUAACCAGGAAGAUAUUUACAUCACCACAGAAAGCCUUACCACUACUGUUGGCAGGUCUGGGGCAGCAGAACGUGCUCCAGGUUCCGAGAUGCCUGUCCCUGACUACACCUCCAUUCACAUAGUACAGUCUCCCCAGGGUCUGGUCCUCAACGCCACUGCCUUGCCUUUGCCUGACAAAGAGUUUCUCUCCUCUUGCGGCUACGUGAGCACAGACCAGCUGAACAAAAUCAUGCCGUAGCCUUUCUUUGAUUCCCCAUGAACUGCAAAUUUACUGGCCAAGAGUUGACUGGGGCAUGAAUGCUUAAACCAAAACAAUGUUUAAACCUGG